UUACGUUUAACACAUCUGUAUGCCUGAGUCAACUUGAACAAGAAAUUUGCUGCUUCCUAUGACGAUAACAGCAGUUGUUGCCAACGGUUUACUGUGUUUCGACAAUAAACGCAAAAACGCCGCCAACUGUUGCUGUGUUUCUUUCACCUCGCGACUGAACUACCUUCACGUUUUACAAUCUAUAUUACAAUGAAUAUUGACGCUGAUAUGUCACCUGUCAUCUUUAGCAAAGAUUUACCUCAGUCAUCUUUUGUCACGAAAACAUCGUCGAGACCGCUUUCUGCUGGGAAUUUUCCCAUCGCACCACCACGUACACUUUUUGACGAGAUUGGCCGUGAAUUCAACGAACAAGAAAACGUGUCUUUUAACGAUAAUCGAACGCAACAGUUUGCCAUUGACUCAGAGUUUUCCUGGAAGUCACUUGUUCGAAGGCUACGCGAAGAAAAUACCAGUUUAUUGAGCACGGUCCAGUCUACAAAGGAUGAAUUAUCACAAGCAAUAAUUGACAAAACGCGCUUGGAAGAUAUUGUGACGAAGCAAGAAGCCUCGAUUCAGUCCUUACAGGAUCAACUGGAUCAAUUCCUGUCGAGAAGAGAAGAAAACCCAGCGGCUGCAACAGAUCGACAAGAUGCUAUUGAUCAGUACCAGGAGACCGACUAUGAUGGAUUGAAUGGCGUCCAAUAUCACCAGCAUCACGAACAGGAACAAACAGAUCAUGCUCGGCUGAAUAAUCUACUUGAACGAAAAGCGCAACUGAUCGAACAACGGGAUGCGAUCUUCACAACGAUCCGGUCUGCAGGAGCAAUCUGAUGGGCGACGUGAUUUAUCAAUAAAUCGCUUAAUAGUGGCACUCAAUGAAGCUCAGGAUGGAUACGCAUUGGAGCGUCAGAGACGAGUUGAACUCGUGAAUCGCAAACGUUAGAGU